AUGGGUAGUAGAAUUCUAACUCCCGCCUUCACCCUGAAGCAAUGCCUCAUCUUGGCGGUCUUGUUCACUGUGAUAUCAAGAACUGCUUGGGGGUGCAAGCCAAGUGAUCCGGUGGCCAUGCCGAUGGUGGAGAGGCACGAGUGGUUGAUGGCGCACCACGGGAGUGUCUACCACAAUGACAUGGAGAAACCAUGCCACUUCCACAUCUUCAAGUCCAACGUCAAGCUCAUCAACUCAUUCAACACCGCCGGGAAGCACAAGUACACACUGGGCGUCAACCAGUUCGCUGACAUGACCAAACAGGAGUUCAAAGCUUCCCACACCGGCUUUAAAAACUAUGAUCGCAGCAAGGACGAUCAGGAAGGGAAGAUUCAGGCACAAGAACGUGUCGGCAACACCGAUGAGCGUCGACUGGAGGACAGUAGGUGCAGUCACUCCAGUCAAAGAUCAGGGGCAGUGUGGUUGUGGCUGGGCGUUCUCUGCAGUGUCAGCCAUGGAGGUGCCCUCCAGCGAGUUGAUCUCCCUCUCCGAGCAGGACCUGAUGGACUGCGCCGUUCACGCAACAGGCGGCCCAUAACCCUCCGCCGCCACAUCAGUGGGUAUGAGGAUGUGCCAGCCAACGACAAAGUAUCGCUUCGCAAGGCUGUGGCCCACCAGCCAGUGUCGGUGGCGGCGAUAGAGGCCAGCGAGUUCCCCUUCCAGUUCUACAACGGUGGCAUCUUCGGUACUGCAGCACUGAUCUCGACCACAUCUACAAUUUGGUGGGUUUUUCAUUCUGUCUUUAUAUGA